AGGAAGUGUAUUCACUUGGUCACAAAUUUAGAUUUUGGUAGUGGAUGUGUUGCUCCUUAAUGGAAAUAGCAUAGAGAGAUCCUUUCCGCCAACCCUUCCUCCUCGUCCUCCUCUUAUCAUACAUAUGUUCUUCUGGCCGAAACCAACCCUCAGCAAGACUCCGCAGCCUUCACCACGAGGACAACCUUCUCUCCCACUCCAUCGCCGCCGCCGUCCACCACCCUCCUCCACCCAUCCCCACCCAUCCACACCUUCCAUUUUUCCCUACGCCAUGGCUGCGCGGACGCUUCAACCACUCAGAAACCUCAGCGUCACGCUCCUCCUCUUCGCCGCAUUGCUCGCUUCCUCACUACUAGCAGCGCCAGCGUACGCCGCCCAAACCCCACCCGCCGCCGCCGCCGCGAGCGCCGCUCAGCCGUCGCUUUCCUCCCGUAGAUCCCAAGGCCUCCUCAACAGAUUAAAGCGCUGGCGCUUAGUGAAUCUCUCCAGCAAGCCUCAGGCGGCUCCUGCUGCCGCCGCCUCCGCCGCUGCUACAGGCGGGGUCGCCUCUGCGGGGCCUAGCAGUGCUACAGCCCGAACAGCCUCCGCUGUAGCGCCGCUGGCAGUGACGCCGCGUGCCGCCACCGUGGCGGCCACGUGCCAGGCGUCGACGCUCGCGGGAUACACGAGCUCCGUCGACCUCUCAGGAAAAGGACUCAUCCUCCACUGGAAGAAGUCAACAGGGUCAACGAUCGACCUGGCGCUGGAGGCCAAGUCAACAAGCGGCGCGGCGAGCGGGUGGAUCUCCGUGGCGUGGAGCAGCGGCGGCAUGUUCAACUCCGACGCGGUCGUCGGAAACCUCGCCACGGGGAGCGGCGUGGGCGCAUACGCGAUAUCGAGCUACUCGAGCGUCGUCCCCACGACGCGCUUCGCGAUCACCAAGGCGAGCGUAGCGGCGGCGGCGGCGGCGGGCGGCGGCACGAUAGUGAAGUUUACGCGCGCGGCGGGGAGCGGGCUCGUGCCGGUGAAGGUUGGGGGGAGCAACAAGCUCGUGUGGGCGUACUCGGCUGGCGGCUCCAAGACACUCGCCAACCAUGGGAGCUCGCACAGAGGAGCCAAGACUGUUGACUUGUCUUGCAACGGCACAGCCUCGGGAUCAGGCUCGGGGUCCGGCGGGGGCACGGGCUCAGGACCGGGGACGUGCACGGGCAACACGGGCGUGAGCGGCACGGCGUGCCCCGCGUCCACUCUCUGCGGCUACUCCUUCCAAACUCAGCUCAAGCCCGGAGUGCUGCUGCACUGGAAGAAGGCGUCCCCCACGCAGCUGGACAUGGCAGUCGAGCUGAAGCCCAGCAGCGGCAUCACCAACAGCUGGUUCGCGCUCGGCUGGUCCAACACUGGCGCCAUGGCGCCUGCUGACGCCAUCAUCGGCAACCGGGCGGGCGGCAUCGUGAGCGCGUACAAGAUCACGGGCUACUGGAUGUCCUCGCUACUGGCCGGCUCGUUUGACAUUGGCGCCAGCUCAGGGACCGUAAAAUCUGCUAAGGGCUCCACGGUUAUCCAGUUCUCGCGCACAGACAACACGGGGUCCAUACGUAUGAAGAUGAGUGGCGCAAACCGUCUCAUCUGGGCGCACUCCAACUCCAACUCCCAAACCCUCGCCUUCCAUGGCAGCAGCGAUGCUGGCCUCUACGUGGACUUCUCAUGCGCCACUGCCCCGACUUCCAGCACCCGCUCUUUACUCUCGCAGCUCGCUACUUGGCUCGGCGCGCUCUUCGGCGUCAAUAUGUAGGGCGGAUGAGUUGGCAGUGGAGUGGAGGGGAGUUGAGCAGUGUGGUUGCACUAGGGAGUGGGCCGGACCACAGGCAUCUUAUGGCGUUGUGUGGCUGCUAGAUUGCCACAACCCAAAAGAUGCUUGUGGUGUGGGUGCCUUGCCUUGUUUACCAUGCCAUCCUAUUGUUGAGUAUGGCCUUUUCAGAAUGUGCAACAGUUGUUUUGAAUUAAUCCAACGAUUACCC